CGAGCUCGAACACCUCAACUUCUCAAACAACCACACUCGCCUCCCUCAAACAAAACUCAAGAUGACCCGCUUCCUCUCCUGCAUCGCCAUCGCCACCAUCGCUGCCGUCACCUCUGCCAAGAACGCCGCUGUCGCCGACGUCAUUAGCGACGUGACCUCCGCGGCCAACACUGCCGGAAGCGCCGUGACCAGUGCAGCCAACACCGUCGCCAGCGCGGCGUCCCCCGCCGUGGAUGCCACGGGCAGCUGGGUCAGUGGGGCCGUCGACACGGUCUCCAGUGCUGCCGAGGCCGCCGCGAAUGCGACUGGCAGCUGGGUCGACGGAGCCGUUGACAGUGUGUCGAGCACCGCCGGGGACGCCGUCGGAACGGCAGGAAGCCUUCUCGACAGCGCCGCAAGCACCGUGAGCUCUGUGGCUGGCGAGGAGUCCAGCGCCGUGGGAGACUCGAGCGGAUCGAGCGGAUCGUCCUCCGCGCCGCUGGCUACCAUCUCUAUGGCCGGCGUCGUCGCGGUUGUCGGACUGGUGAUGAACUUCGCGUAGGCGCGAUAUUGAAUAACUCCUGCAGAACAUGCAAACUCUAGACCGUUUUACUAAGGAGCGCUGAACGCACCACCAAAAUCUACGACCGUUUGAACAUC